AUGCUGUCGGAUGGCCAGGCAGCCAACGUUGGCACAACUUUUGAAAAAAUCUUUUCGAAUUUCAAACAAAAGCCCAAUACCUCUCUUAGGGACCUUGAGUACAUGAGCAAAUCUCACUUAGACCAACUGUGGAAAUUCAAUAGCAAAAUACCGGAACAGCCUUGGAUGGAGUGUUUCCAUAAUGUGGUGGAAGAACGUGCUGUGGAAUGUCCAUCAGCCCAGGCCAUUGACGCAUAUGACGCCAAGUUCACUUAUUAUGAAUUGAACAGACUGGCAAACAGGCUCGCCAAGUAUCUUCAGAACCAUGGCAUAGGUCCAGGUGUGAUCGUUCCAAUUUGUUUCGAACGUUCAGCUUGGGCGAUAGUAGCCAUGCUGGGCGUCUCGAAAGCGGGCGGGGCCUUUGUGAGCAUCCCGCCGUACCUCCCGCCUGGCAGAAGGGAGUCAAUGAUUCAGAUGAUCUCCCCUUCCGUCCUGUUAACGACGUCAGAUUUCGGUCACCUCUGGCCUACCGGGCUAAAGUUGGUUUCGAUAGAGGGAAACCGUAUUGAUUGUUUGCCAAAUUGUGAUGGUGCACCAAACUCGGGCGUUAAGCCAACGGACUUAUUUUACAUUAUCUUCACCAGUGGUUCAACGGGUAUUCCAAAGGGGUGUAUGGUCUCACAUUCAUCCUUCCUGAAUGGGGCGCUUAGGAAGGCACCUGAAUGGAAAUUUGGGCCAGAUUGUCGCGUCCUUCAAAUGCUAAGCCACACAUUCGACAUGAGCCUUCUAGAAAUUUGUACUAGUUUGGGUUCAGGGGCCUGCGUAUGCGUUCCCCGGACGGAGGAGAUUGAAGAAAGCCUUGCCAGUACUAUCAAUAAGUACAACGUUACAUUGGCAAUUAUGACUCCAUCACUUGCCCGGAAAUUGAAACCGGAAGCUGUACCUGGGCUACGGGUUCUCUGCCUCGGAGGAGAAUCAUUUCCCAAAGAGCUUGUGACCUUGUGGUCGGAGAAAAUUAAUCUCUUUCAGUUUUAUGGCCCAAGCGAAUGCUCGAUUAAUUCAUCGACUAGGGCUAUUACCCAUAGGAACACCGACCCGCUGAAUAUUGGAGUCCCUAAUAAUGCAGCUUGCUGGGUCGUUUCGCCAGGAGACUAUAAUAAGCUGGUACCUGUUGGUGCAAUUGGCGAGCUCUUGGUAUCCGGUCCUAUUGUUGGGCUAGGGUAUCUCAAUAACCCUGUCAAGACGUCGCUGGCAUUCCUGAAUGAUGUCGCCUUCCUCCAAGGUGACCCUCAGUACCGGGGCUGGCACUGCUACAAGACCGGUGACUUAGUACGAUGGAACUCAGACGGAACACUCACAUUUUGUGGACGAGUAGAUACCCAGGUAAAACUUAAUGGCCAAAGGCUCGAGUUAGGAGAAGUCGAAUACCACUUAACGCUUCAUAACGACGUUCGCCAUGCAGUGGCGAUAGUACCAAAAUCCAACCGAUGCAAAGACAACUUGAUGGCAAUCAUAUCUCUAAAGUCAAGACCGGACAACCCUGGGAUGAAAUACGAUAUUUCAACAAUUCGGGACCAUUCGGUCGAUAAAAUUAUGCACUCUCUCCGGAAGGAGUUGCAGAAUGCAUUGCCAAGAUAUAUGGUGCCGACGAUAUGGGCAUUCAUCAAUUUCAUGCCUAUGUCAGCUUCAGGGAAGAUUGACCGUAUUAGGGUACGCAAAUGGGCUGAGGGAAUGCCAGAAACGACGUUCUUUGAGAUAACUAGAGGAAACUCUGAGCCAAUCGGUAAUUUAAGCCCCACAACGCACAUGGAGCAGGUUAUCCAAGAAGUUUGGAGCAAUGCUCUCGAUGUGCCACCACAGCAGGUUGGCCUCCAUCACUCGUUCAUCCAGUUAGGCGGAAAUUCCAUACUUGCUCAGGAAGUUGUUGCUAAAUGCCGAAAAAAUGGCAUUGGCUUAACCAUGACUGAUAUAUUGACAUGUGAUGGCGUUGCGGGAGCUGCCUCCUUAACUACUCCUCUGGGGAAACAGAAAUCCACAAAUGGCUUGUCUCUUCAUACCACUAGAUUAGCUUGGAGGACUCUCCGAGAGAAGUACGAUUUGUCUCGCCUAGGAAUUUCACACCUCGAUGACGUCGAGGAUAUAUACCCGUGUACUCCUAUGCAAGUGGGCAUGUUCAUUGGCCAGAUCCGUAAACCAGGGUCAUAUCAUCUUCGGUUCUUCUACAAAGCCGUCAUGAGAACCGGAAACCUGCCUGAAUUGACAAGAGUCAAAGAUGCCUGGAAUAGGGUUGUGGGUCACCAUCCUUCGCUUCGUACGGUCUUUGUGGACGAUCUAGGCGUCGGUGCUGGAUAUCACUCAAUUGUGCUACGGCAGCCACGAGUCGAGGUCUGCGUUCUCGAAGUGCCAACGGGAAUUUUGCCAUCUGAGGCUAUGGAAGUUUUCACGAAAUCGGUGAAGCCAUUUGCCAAAGGUUCACCGUUCCAUCGAAUGACUAUAUGCGCGUGUGGUGACAAGGCCAUAUAUUUCAUGCUUGAAAUUUCCCAUGCGUUGGUAGACGGGGCUGCAAUGGAGAAUCUAAUGAGAGACUUUGCCACUGCCUGCGACGAUAGUCCGUUGCUUCAUCAACCCCAACCUUAUCGCGAUUUUGUGGAGUACGUGGCUGCACAAAAUACAGAGGCUAGUGCCGAGUAUUGGACGUCGUAUCUUCAAGGCUGCCCGCCAUGCAUGAUCCCAGUGAGCAAACAGGUAACAUUUGACGAUUUGCCAGCUCGCUUCUUGCGGCGGGAUUUUACUUAUGAAAGAAGUCGUGCUUUUCUAGCAAGGUGCAAGGAAAUGCAUAUAACUGUGGCAUCCGCCGUUAGGGUGGCUUGGGCAAUGGUCCUCAGGGCAUACACGGGCUCCCAUGACGUUUGUUUCACGUAUGUUGCUGCUGGACGAGAUGUUCCUCUCAAGGAUGUUGAUAAAAUGGUUGGGCUAUGUUUGAGUAUCCAGCCAUGUCGUGCUAGACUGGCCUCCAACGCUACUUUCCUAUCGCUAGCGGAAGAAAUGCAACACGAGUAUAUUGAAAGUAUGCCAUAUCAGCACUACCCUUUGACGGAAUUAAAGGCUAGGCUUUAUCCACAGGGCAGUGAAGCAAUGUUUAACACGGCUGUAUCGAUGGAGUGGACGGCUAGAACAGAUCCAUAUGCUGGAUCAUCCAUAUCGUUUGAGGAAAUCAGAGAGCAAGACGAUCCAACUGAGUAUGAUAUAGUGGCCAACGUUGAUAUUAUUGAGGAUAAUAUGAAACUUGGGUUCCUAUAUUGGCCGUCACUUACUGAAACCGACGUGAUGAAUAUGUCAAACACAUUUGCCAAGGCCCUGAAUUGCCUACUAGAGUGCGGUGACGUUCCAAUUGAAUCUGUACCGCUGCUCAGUGAUAGUGAGGUUCAUUUAAUGAACUCCCUUAACCAUUUACCUCUGGAUUACGUGGAAACAGGUAUUUUCGAAGCGAUAGAGGAACGGGUUAUGUCGCAACCAGAUGCCCAAGCAGUACUAUCCUGGGAUGGGGAAUGCACCUAUAGCGAAUUGGUAAUGACUUAUACCAAAUUUGCGAAACAUCUCAUCGGUCGAGGCGUAAACCGCGGAGAUAAUAUCGUCAUAUGCCUGGACAAGUCGUGUUGGUCAAUUAUCGCAAUAUUGGCCGUCCUAAGAUCUGGUGCUACUUUCGUGGCCACGAACCCUCUUCAUUCCCAACAGCGGCUCACGGGCAUUGUAGAGCACUGUCACGCGAAACUCAUCAUUGCUGAUUCUAGGUAUAUCUCGCUCUUUGAGACCGUUGGCACGCCGGCCAUUUCCAUUGAUAAGGCAGCUAUUGAGGCAACGCUUCCCAAUAUUGUGAUACCCAUAAUCAAUGGGACUGAUACGGCGACUAUUGUAUACACCUCCGGAACCACAGGGAUACCUAAAGGGAUCUUGAUUGAUCAUGGCUCCCUCGCAACAAGUGUACUGCUUGGGCACGGAAAGAGUUAUAAAUUUGACCGAGGAACUCGAGCUUUGCAAUUUGCAGCCUUCACUUUUGAUGCAUGUUUGCAAGAGAUAGCCACGGUUUUAUCUCAUGGCGGCUGCGUAUGUGUCCCCUCGGAAGAUGAGCGGUUGUCAAACCUUCCCGGAUGCAUCAAUCAGAUGCAGGUGAAUUUGGCAUUGUUCACACCAACUGUCGCCAGGCUGAUAAAGCCUCAAGACGUACCCUGCUUAAAGACUAUGAUUUUGUGCGGUGAGCCUAUGUCCCGACAAGACCUGGAAACGUGGGCCAGUUCAGUUGCGUUAUAUAAUGGAUACGGGCCAGCUGAAACCACAAUCUGCGUCUCUGUCAGCGGCCCCCUAACAGAAACCGAUGACACUACAAAUAUCGGGUAUGCUGUAAGAGGCACCCGUCUUUGGGUUACAGAGGUUGCGGACGAUAACCGGCUUGCACCCACAGGUUGCAUAGGGCAGUUGGCCGUUGAAUCCCGUCAGGUUAGCCAAGGUUAUCUGGACGACGCCGAGAGGACAGCCGCUGGAUUUAUUAAACCUGCGUGGCUGCCUGGUGGGAGAGUAUAUAAGACUGGAGACUUGGUACGAUGGAACACUGACGGAAGCCUGAACUAUUGUGGGCGCAAAGAUACCCAAGUCAAAAUACGCGGGCAGCGCGUAGAGUUGAGUGAGGUUGAACACCAUGUGAACCAAUGCUUGCCCGAUGCACUAGCAGUGGUAGCAGAGGCCAUUCAACCUUCGGGAAAAGAUAGCAUGAUAUUGGCUGCGUUCGUAUGCACCAAAACGGGGCUGGAUAGUAUAUCCAUAAAUAAGAGACAUAGCAGCGAAGGGGCUGGUCCUGAAGCGUUCCCGAUCUCGAUGCCAAAGAGUCUAAUCGAGCAACUAGAAGACCGAUUGCCAUGUUAUAUGGUCCCUGCUGUCUUUUUCACAAUGAGUGAAAUGCCAAUUACCAUAAGUGGGAAAACUGAUCGACAACGCCUACGUGAUGCAGGCUCACGUUUCACUAGCGAACAGCUUGCACAAGCAAAUAAUCAAACGAACCACGACGGGCGUGCACCUUUAGAUGCGAGAGAGCUGAAGUUACAACAACUAUGGAGUUCGGUCCUAAAGGUUGAUAGCAGCCGGAUUAGCCUAGACGACAGCUUCUUCCGCCUCGGCGGAGAUUCAGUUUCGGCCAUGCGGUUGGUCACGGCAGCGCGGAAAUCAGGCAUCAUGUUGACUGUGGCAGAUAUAUUCCGUCACCCUCAUAUUGACGAGCAGGCCACAAUCUCGUUAUCAUCAUCCAACACGAUAUUGAAAACUUUAACCGCUAAACCGUUCGUAUAUGUUCAACGGAAAGACCUGGAGCGUGUCUUAUCCCUAGCUGGACUUGGACCGUAUGCAAAGGAUGCUAGCAACGUUGAGGAUGUCCUUCCAGCAACCGAUGUGCAGGCAUUUUAUGUGUCUCGUGCAGCCAAAUCAUCCCAGGACGCUUUGAACUAUUUUUACCUUACCUUCAACGGUAAUCUUGACUUGACCCAGUUGCGUAAAGCCUGUCAAGACGUUAUUGAUCAUUUCUCCAUAUUGCGCACCAUAUUUAUCCCAUCUCACGGAAAGACCUAUCAAGUGAUCAUCCGUAAGAUCGAAGCACCAUUCGAGGUGAUUGACACAGGCGCAGAUUUAGACCAAACAAGCGAUAACUUUUGCCUCCGCGAUCUGGAAAAAGAGAUCAAACCUGGGUCCUUAUUUUUAGCCCUCACACUUAUUCGACACCUGCACUUUGGUUCCCGGCUUAUCUUCCGCAUGUCCCAUGCGCAGUAUGACGGGAUGUCGUGGCCACUAAUCCUCAGGUGCCUUCAGGAGGCAUAUAUCGGCACCCCCCUAAGCCCAACUUUGAGCUUCGCUAAUUUCGCUUCGUAUACGUUUGGGCGAGCCUCAGAGUCGCGCAAAUACUGGGCAAAGUUGCUUCAAGGAUCAGCCAUGACCCGAAUAUCUACAAAAUUCGCGGUAGACGGCCCACAACAUGGUAUGUCUAAAAUUCACGUUGGGAAGACCCUGAUGUUGCCGGUGCCGCCAAAGGGUACCACCGUUGCAUCGCUUGUGAGUUCUGCAUGGUCAUUUGUCCUUAGACAAAUUACUGAAAAGAUGGACGUUACAUAUGGGUUCAUCGUAGCGGGGCGUAAUGCAAACAUACCACAGAUCCAGACGGUAGUGGGCCCCUGCAUGAACACGAUCCCAGUUCGAGUCCGCUUUGGCCCUACAUGGACAACGGUUGACCUUCUAAACCAUGUCAUGGACCAGUAUCUCUCCAUGGGGGAAGCUGAUUCCUUAGGUCUUCAAGACAUCGUGGAAAAUUGCACCCAGUGGCCAAGCGACACCAAGCUCGACUCGUUGUUGCAGUAUCACGAUAUUGACGAGACUCCGAACGUUACGCUUUCCGCCGAUUCGAAAUCUAGCGUUGCAAGCCUUGACUGGUUCAGAAAGCCAUACGCUGUACCAACCAACAUUGAGAUAUCUGCCCGUCCCAAGGCUAUUAAGUUUGAUGCUUGGGGCCUGAAGAUGAUACCCAUCGGAGGGAGGGAACUUUGGUGUGAUGAUGGAGCUUUACGAGCUGAUGUCGAAGACUUUUGGGCGAUUGGAAAGUAG